AUGAGCGACUCAUUCAUUCAUGCUGCUGCAGGCGCUGCUGGCGGCGUCGCUGCAAUGACCGCGACAUACCCAUUGAUCUUUUUGUCAACGCGGGCGGCAGUGGAGACGAAGAAAGAGUCAAAGUCGACGUACCAAGCCGUAUUGGACAUAGUCAAGCGCGAAGGUGUCUUUGGCUUGUACAGUGGUCUAAGCUCCAGUUUAUUGGGCAUCGCCGUCACUAAUGGGGUGUAUUAUUACUUCUAUGAGCGAUCUCGAGGUCUCAUACUCAACUCGCGGACUGGCAGCAAGGGGCUCACCACCUUGGAGUCAAUGCUCGCUGGUGUCAUCGCCGGUUCCGCGACCACGAUCAUUAGCAACCCUAUAUGGGUGGUACAGACGUCGCAAGCCGUGCAGAGCAUGGAGAAUGACUCCGCUCUACCUGGCACAUCCUCUAAAAAGUUGGGUAUCGCGGAGACCAUCAAGAAUAUCUUUGCGAAGGAUGGCAUAAAAGCCUUCUGGAGAGGGAUUGGACCUGCUUUGGUCCUCGUUAUCAACCCAGUCCUUCAAUAUACGGUCUUCGAGCAGCUGAAGAAUCAACUAGUGAAAUCACGCUCGGCUAAGUUAAAGGCCGCUGGCGCUGUUGCUGUUGCCGUACUUACCGACAUGGAUUUCUUCUUCUUGGGAGCCUUGUCGAAGCUUAUUGCCACUUCGUUGACUUACCCAUACAUCGUGGUGAAGAGUCGCUUGCAAGCGGGUCAAGCUAGCGCCCUCAAAUACAAAUCUUCCUUGGACGGCCUCCUCACGAUCAUCCGCGAAGAGGGCUUAGAGGGCUUAUACAAAGGCAUCGGCAGCAAACUCAUCCAAAGUGUGCUAACCGCUGCCAUCUUGUUCGCGUCACAACGUCGCAUCUAUGAAAUCACCAAGAAGGCGAUCACCCCUGUUCUGAACAAAUAA